AUGCGCCUUCCUGGCGCGAAAAUGUAUAUUGUGAAUACACCCGAGCUAAUCCAGGUAAUCCAAAAAUCACCCAAGAAACUUGCAUUUCCGCCCAUUACAGCGAAAUUCGCAAAUCAGCUCUGUGGAGUUAGUAAGCGGGCGAGGGAUAUUUUGGCUGUGAAUGUUAAUGGGGAUGAUGGGGAUUGGGGGUUAAAUAUGGAAUCGACACCGCUUAUGAAGGGGGCGCUGCAGCCGGGACCAGGGUUGGAUGGUAUGAAUAGGGUUAUGGUUGGGAAUGUUGCUGGGAGCUUGGAUGGGUUGAUUAGAGAGGGGGAGGAGAGUGUGCAGAUUGGACUUCAUGGAUGGUUAAGGGGUUUGGUUACUAUGGCGACGACGGAGGCGGUUUAUGGGCCUAGAAAUCCUUAUAGGGAUUUAAAGGUUCGGGAUAGCUUCUGGGAGUUUGAGAGCCAGAUGAUGAGACUGCUUAUUGGUAUUCUUCCCUCUGUUUUUGCUCGCAAAGGUAUCGCAGCACGGGAGAGGGUGAACAAAGCCUUUGAAGCAUAUUUCGCAGCCAACGAUUUCAAGGAUGCUUCUGCUCUAGCCCAACUCCGCCUGGAGCUCGAUAUCAAACAUGGUGUUCCAUUUGAGGAUAUCGCUAGAUAUGAGACUGUUCACGGCGUUGCCAUAAUCGUCAACACGGCACCCGCUGUAUUCUGGUUAAUCUUCUUCAUAUUUUCGGAUCCCAAGCUGCUGGAAGAAAUCCGCGCCGAGAUCGACGCGAUUCUGGAAUCGAGUUUCAACCCAGACGGGUCUUUGGUACGUACCCUCGAUAUCACGAAUGUGAAAACAAAGUGUCCCCUUCUAUUAUCAGCUUUUCAAGAAACCCUCCGUCAUCGAUCCGCCGGUACUUCUGUACGAGAAGUCAUGGAAGAUACCAUAUUAGAUGAUCAAUGGUUACUGAAAGAAAACUCUCUCAUCCAAAUGCCCAGUCGCGUUAUACACAUGGAUGCGAAGAUCUGGGGCGCAGACGUGAAAGAAUUCAACCCGCGACGAUUUCUGAAAGAUAAAGAUAUUCGACGUCCUAACCCCGCUGCCUUUCGUGCGUUUGGUGGUGGAACCACUUUAUGUCCCGGUCGCCACUUUGCCACUAAUGAAAUAUUGGCCGUCGUUUCUAUGUUUGUUAUGCGUUUUGAUGUGGAGCCUGUAGGAGGCGUGUGGAAAUUACCUACGUCUGAGAAUACGAAUGUGACGACUGUGAUUUUGGAACCGGAUACGGAUGUUGACGUAGUAGUUUCUGUAAGGAAAGGACUUGGUGAUGGCAAGUGGAUGUUUAAAUUGUCGGAUUCGUUGACGGUUGCUGCGGUGGUUGCUGAGGAUCGUGUUGAUUGA